UCUAAUGUUGGGAAUUGGAAUGUCCCUUGACCCGUGGUAUCUGUUAAGUUACGGACUGUCAUAUACAAUCAAAAUGUACCAGCAGCCGAGAUAUCGCAUUGACCUUAGCCGUUAAACAGGAUGUUGAGUCUACUAGUAUUCACAAAUUUGAUGAGUGUCAUCAACUUUCCGUCGGUCAUCGGUCUAUCCCUUCCUUUCUCUUCUAUUCUCAAAAUUAUCUAGCAUUCCUCCAGAAUAUCUUCGUUUUAUCGUUUUUCAGUGGGGGAGAAAAGCUAGUCAAUCCAGUUUUAUUUCUCAAUUUUAAACCCAAAGAUACGAAAUGCUGCGGUAAUUUUUGUCGUAUCCCGAGUCGAUUAUUUGGAUACAGUAUUUAUGUAAUAGUAUGAAUUUGCCCUUUCGAGAGGUCGAGGGAUUAAUCUCAUACGACCUCGGUGAAUUUCGCAAAGUUGAGAAAAAUUAUUGGAAGCAUUUCAUCAAGGGUCAAACGUCGUAGUCUUAUUUAUCACCAUCUUGUGUAUGAUAAAAGUGAUAAACACCCCUCAUUUUUAAAUUAAUCGAGUACAGAAAAUUUUCUUUUACUUUCGUUGGCAGAUUUUCCUCAGUCAAUCGAUUUUUUUCCUUUUUUUCUUUGAGUGAAAAAUUAAAAGCGCAAUUUUACAACAAAAAAAAUGCCGAAAUCGUCGUGAUCCAUAUUGUAAAGUCGUAUCGAAUGGGGGAUGUGUCUAGAUCAAUUUAACCAGAUAUCCUCUUGAAAGAAAUCGAAACAAUACGUUGGGGCAAAAUUUAUUCUAUUUAAUCAUUAGAACGCUCGUUUCUUGAUUGAAUGGGGAAAAUAAUCGUAAUCACGAGCUAUUUUUACGUUAUUUACGCGCAAUGAAGUGGAUCCAACGAGGGGGAACGAAGAUGAGGGCCAGGAGGGCACAGCAGAUACUAUCUAUGGAUGGAAAAUUCUAUUAGACGCUAACACUUAAUUCAAAUGGUUAACGUCUCUUAACACUGUAUCAACGUUGUUUUAAAAAUGAACAAUAAGAACGAUUAUCAUUCAGAAAAUGAAAUGGAAUUUCCUCCUGUUAAUUUUGAUUACACUCCCACUCCCAUUAGUGAGAUACAAGAAAAGAGGGAUCAGUUAGGGGACCAAAAAUGGAUCAACAAGAGAGCGAGAGUUGAAAAAAUAGUGAUUAAGAAGAAUUUUAAAAACAUUCAGCCUGGAGAGUGUAUGAAAUUUAUGGAAGUUGAUUUUGAUUAUAAACUCUCUUUAUUCGAUUUUCAUGAAGAAUCACAGCGACUGCUCAAAAAUGCCAGAGUAAACACAUGGAAUAGUUCUCUGAUCAUUCCAAGCUCUUUGAAGUGGACGAGAAAGGUUGAAAUCUAUACCGUUGACAUCAACAAUGAAAUUGUCACUGCGAGGAGAGAAGAGACCCAAGACGAUACCAUGAUUAUAUGGAAUUGGGAUACAGCUGUGAAAAAAAUUCAUGAUCAAUCAUUCCAAGAAUCCCUCGACGACAUUGCAAAGGUUGUGCCAGAUAAAAAAAUAUCCUUGGUAAUAUACAAGAUGGAGGGGUAUUUUUCAUACUACAAAGGCAAUGGAAAGAGAAAAUUAGAGCCAGCGUACCAUAAUAUCGAUGAAUUACCAAAAAUCUCUAGACAAGACUUUGAAUAUUCAGUAGUUAACGCACAAAUCACUAGCAAUUUUAGUAUUACAUGUAUUGAAAAGCCUCACGAGAUGAUUUCAAUGAUUCUUCAAUAUACCAAGGCUAUUGCUGAAAACCCAUAUAAAAUUAGCAUGAUGCAGAGUCACGUUCAGAGUGGUUUGAAAUUCUAUGCCUUCGGUGAUAAUAAAAAUACCAUAAAAGUAGAUGGGAAUGGUUUUGGACUGAAGAACCUUUGGUUGAGGCAAAUUUGUUUAUUUCAUACCGCUGGGUUUGCAACUGCCCAGGCUAUUUGUGAACAAUAUCCGAGCCCAGCACAACUAAUGAAGGCGUAUGAAAAAUGCUCACCUAAAGAGGGGCAAGCACUGCUACAAGAUAUUCUGAUCAGAAGAGGUCCUAUAGAACUAUGUAAGCCGAAAAGACUCGGGCCAGAAUUGAGUAAAAAAAUGUAUAUCAUGUACACGUCCGCCGAUGGCUCCCAAGUAUUGGGUAAAUAGGUAUUAGAGCACAUUACAGUAACCAUUCCAAUAAAAUUUUUAUAGAAAACCUU